AUGGAUUCUUCAAGUUCAAGUGAUUCGUAUGAUAGAUUUGUUUUGUCAUCCUCAUCGACAGAGCGGAAAUAUUAUUAUCAACAGUGGCGAGUCGUGAAAGUUAUUGUUGAAGAUUCAGAUGAUGGGACUUCCCAACCCCAACCCAAACGGAUGAAGUAUAUAGUUCGUGAACGUGAAACCGCAAACGAUUUCCUGGAUUUAGAGGAUAAUUAUCCUUAUUUCCAACAAAAAUCCGAUGCGCGUGGUAAGAUCAGAUUUACCACGUGGCAAAAGGUCACGACCGCCCUAAGACAAUUGGCUUACGACAAUAGUUCUGACAUAAUUGACGACUAUUUAAAAAUGUCGGAACGAGUGGCUAGGGAAAGUCUUCCCAAUUUUUGUGCGUAUAUUAUUGAACUAUAUAUGAAAAUAUACUUGAGAAAACCGACGUUUAGUGAUAUGCAACAACUUUUGGAACAUCGCGCUGAAUAUCAUGGUCUCGCCGGGAUGAUAAGUAGUUUAGAUUGUAUGAAAUGGCAGUGGGAACUUUGUCCGACUGCAUGGCAAGGCUCUGACACAAGCGAAUAUCAUGGAAUGCCGGCUAUGAUGCUUGAAGCUGUUGCAUCACAAGAUCUUUGGAUCUGGCAUGCAUUCUUUGGUAUGCUAGGUUCACAUAACGAUAUAAACGUUAUACAUCACUCGCCUCUUUUCAAUGAUCUAAUAAAUGGUGUUGGACCAAAAGGAAAAUUUAUUGUAAAUGACGUUGAAUACAAGUAUGGGUACUAUCUUGUUGAUGGAAUUUACCCUGAGUGGGCUGUUUUUGUGAAAUCAUUUUCAAGAGAGGGAACCCUAGAUCCUAAAAGAAUAAAGUUUAACAGAGUUCAGAUGGCGGCACGCUAA